AUGCCUACCUUUUGCAAAAUUUGGACACAAGGUGUUAAGCGUCGGUACAGACUCAGGAAAAGCAUGCUUCGGCGUGAACCUGCUUCAAUCCCACCUCCUGUUUCUGAUAAACGCAAGCUUGACUCCGGCCCUGAUGCUUCGUCUGAAUCCGAAAGCGCGGCAUCAGAUGUUAUUUCAUCGGGAAACUCUCCACGGGCUGUAACAGAAGAAGGAUUGAUUGGCCUUUCUGAACGCCAUUUUCCGUCUAUGUCUCAACCACAGACAAGUUACCAGAGUUACUCCACAAGCGAUCAGAUUGCAAGACAUUCAGUCCUUGCAACUCAAUUCAGACCUAACUGGUAUUUCAACGGGAUGCCUGUUGCCUCGGAAGCAGGAUUUCAAUGGAUAUCAGGCAAGACUGGCCAGCCUGUGACGGGAAAUGUGUUUGAUAUCCCUGAACACGGAGUUCCUGUCUUUUCCGCACUUCAGCCAUCAAUCUCUCAAAACUUGUGCGAAUUGCCAGAGCAACACCUUACUCGAAGAUUCUUCGAUGCUUUUUUCUGGUCUCCAUUUGCGCUUGAGUUCCCUGUUCUAGACCGGAUUUUGUUUGAGAAAACAAUAGAGACCGCAUAUGGGCCUACAGAUGAUAAUCUGGUCUCUCCUGACCGCAUUUCAGCAAGGGCAUGUGUUUUAAGUGCCUUCUCCUUUGGAUGCUAUCAAAAGACAAUGAGGCACAUAUCAGGUACUGUGCAAAUGGAGUUGUGUGCGGCCGAGGCACAUCGUCUCCUUCUAUCCAUCACAGGACAUGUGGAUCUAGAUACUCUUCAAACGGCUUUGUUGUUGUAUAUCUAUUCCAAUGGCAGCUCCGAUAGCUAA